UGAAGUGGUCUCAUUCACUGUCAUGGCUUCCUAAGACUGUGGACGUCCAGCCGUGUGACCGUAUCAAAAUACUUGGAGAAAUAUAACAUUUCUUCGAUUAUUAUAACAUCAUCAGGGCAUUUAAGCAUUCGCUUUUGUGCGUGGAGAAGUCGUCAUGGCGGGCACCAGCACUGCUCAGAAAACAUGGGAGUUAUCCAACAGCAUGCAGGAAGUUCAGAGUAUAGAUGAAAUAUACAAAUAUGACAAAAAGCAACAACAAGAGAUCCUCGCUGCGAAGCCAUGGACAAAAGAUCACCACUACUUCAAGUACUGCAAAAUAUCAGCUCUGGCCCUGCUGAAGAUGGUGAUGCAUGCGAGGUCUGGGGGAAACCUGGAGGUGAUGGGCCUCAUGCUGGGGAAGGUGGACGGGGAAACUAUGAUCAUCAUGGACAGCUUUGCGUUGCCCGUGGAGGGCACAGAAACCCGAGUCAACGCGCAGGCUGCAGCCUAUGAGUACAUGGCUGCAUACAUUGAAAAUGCCAAACAGGUUGGCCGGCUGGAGAAUGCUAUUGGCUGGUACCACAGUCACCCUGGUUAUGGAUGCUGGCUCUCGGGCAUAGAUGUCAGCACCCAAAUGCUCAACCAGCAGUUUCAGGAGCCUUUUGUGGCUGUUGUGAUCGACCCGACUCGGACUAUUUCUGCAGGCAAAGUCAACCUUGGCGCCUUUAGAACCUACCCAAAGGGAUACAAACCUCCUGAUGAAGGGCCUUCAGAAUAUCAGACAAUCCCUCUGAACAAGAUUGAAGACUUUGGUGUCCACUGUAAACAGUACUAUGCCUUGGAGGUAACAUACUUUAAGUCCUCUCUCGAUAGAAAGCUCUUGGAACUCCUUUGGAAUAAAUAUUGGGUCAAUACUUUAAGCUCCUCAAGUCUCCUCACGAACUCGGACUACACCACAGGCCAGGUGUUUGACCUGUCGGAAAAGCUGGAGCAGUCAGAGGCCCAGCUGGGCAGAGGCAGCUUCAUGCUCGGGUUGGACACACAUGACAGGAAGUCUGAGGACAAACUGGCCAAAGCAACACGAGAUAGCUGCAAGACAACUAUUGAGGCUAUUCAUGGUCUGAUGUCUCAAGUCAUUAAGGACAAACUCUUCAAUCAAAUCAACACGUCUGCCAAUUAAAUUUGAACAAUUAGCUGAUUUAAAACAUACUAGGAAAUGUCUCCUUGUGCAUGUCAAGUACUCAGUGGUUUAUUGACUAGGAUUAGUAUCUAUGAUUUCUUUGGGAGGGAUUAUUUUCAUUAUUUUUUUUCAAUAUUGUAGCUAAAUAAUGGUAUUCAUGCAGAAAAUAAAACAUAAAAAAUGAAAGUUC